AUGCUUGAUUUUAAUUAUAAAUCAAUGUUGAAAUUAAAUAUAACCAUCAACAAUUUGUCGGUUAAACUAGGAAGAGUUUUUAGAAAUUUGUCAACGAUGUCAUUUGAAACAGAGAAAGAAAAAUACCUGAAGAUGAGCUCGGAUGAAAAAAAAAAUUUUUACAAAGGUGACAUAACAACUUUAGAUCAAGUUAUGACGUGGCCACAAUAUUGGCAAAAGAAUAAAGAGUCAAUAAAACCAAUUGAUACAAAAGAAAUGGAAAAGAGUUCAGAGGAAUUAGCUAAUAAAAUUUCAAUGUGGCAAGGCGACAUCACGAGUCUACAAAUAGAUGCUAUUGUCAAUGCUGCAAAUUCAAGUUUGCUUGGUGGUGGUGGAGUUGAUGGAGCUAUUCAUCGUGCUGCGGGGCCAAUGCUCAAAAAAGAAUGUGCGACACUAGAUGGGUGUGCUGUUGGUGAAGCAAAAAUAACGGGGGGCUAUAAAUUGCCGGCAAAAUAUGUUAUUCAUACUGUUGGACCACAGGGAGAAAAACCAGAAAAAUUAAAGGAAUGUUAUGUAAAUAGUCUCCGUGUUGCCAAAGAAAAUAGUGUUAAAACAAUUGCUUUCCCAUGUAUAUCAACCGGAGUAUACGGUUAUCCUCAAAAACCAGCAGCUGAAGUGACAAUUGAAACAGUCAAAAAAUAUUUACAAGAUAAUAUAAACGAUAUUGAAAGGGUUAUUUUUUGUCUAUUUUUGGAGUCAGACAAAGAAAUUUAUGAAGAACUACUUCAAAAAUAUUUCCCUUGA